CUCCUACUUGGCACCAUGGCUGCCCUCAGACCACUCAUGAAACCCAAGACAGUAAAGAAGGCCAAGAAGUUCAUCCGGCACCAGUCAAUCCGAUACGUCAAAAUUAAGCGGAACUGGUGGAAACCCAGAGGCACUGACAAUAGGGUGCGCAGAAGAUUCAAGGGCCAGAUCUUGAUGCCCAACAAUGGCUAUGGGAGCAACAAGAAAACAAAGCACAUGCUGCCCAGUGGCUUUCAGAAGUUUCUGGUCCACAACAGUUUGGAGUGCUGCUUGAUGUGCAACAAAUCUUACUGUGCUGAGAUUGCUCACAACGUCUCCCCAAAGAACCACAAAGCCAUUGUGGAAAGAGCAGCCCAGCUGGCCAUCAGAGUCACCAAUCCCAACGCCAGGCUGCGUAGUGAAGAAAAUGAAUAG